GUGGGCGCCGUGGAGCGUGUUCAAAGUAUAAACCUGCUUUCAAGGUCGGCGCCUGUAGUACUUAUGAAGAUGACAUCUAAUAAGACCAGCUUGUGUCCAGGAAUAUGUUGGUCAGUAGUAUGGCUCCUUAUCUGGUUUCUUGCUUGGCCGAUGGCAUUUAUUUUAGCCAUUAUCGAAGUAUUCUUAAUACCUUUCUGCGUUUGUUUUGAAAAAGCCAAAACAGCAUGUGAAUUUAUUGAUAGAAUAUACAAGGUAUUUGCAUUCGAUCCGAUAGAUAAUGCUCGAUAUAUGCGCCCUUUAUUAUACAAUCCUGGAAUACCUGUUCCUUCAUCAGAUCCAGAUGCGCCUCAAUUUGUUUAACAAUGAAGAAAAAUAAAGGAAAGUAAUACCAUCUCUUGUUUGACUUGCUAAAAUACCUCGUCAAUGUUUAUUAAAUAAUAUUCAUUUAAAGCUUUUUCUUCUUUUUGAGUUUAUUUGUUUUCAUUGCCCAUAUUUUGUGUUGGUAUGUGUGUGUAUAUCCUUGUGUACUUUUGUUCUAUUGUCGUGUACUAACCCUACCACGAAACAUGUCGAUAUAUUUUAAGAAUUCUGUCUACGAAUUCAUUCUUUUUGGCUUUAGUCAUACUGGGGCUCUUCUGUUGUAUUCAAUGUCAUCUUUUGGCCUUUUCAUUGCACAUAUAUACAUAUAUUCACAAUUCGCCUUACUUUUUUUUUAAAUUAAAAAAUAUCUAAUAAGUGCGCUUUAUUUGACUGUUUUCAAUGUUGCAUUUCAGUACUUUCUGUUGUAAAUGCGAUGUGUUUCGCCUGUCUUUCGCUCUCUUGCGCGCACGCUUACAGUAAAGCAAGUAAGGUUGUCCGUCAAAAAUCGACUAUUUCUGUGUGUUUGUUGCUUUGUAUGACAUCCUAUGAUAACUUGUUGUUGGCGCUUGGGUAUUGUCCAUGAGAAGUAAUAACCAACUCUUGUUACAGAUAUAUCAACACCUGCGUAUACGUCAACGCCUUUAUCGUGUCAUAUAUAUUUUGUCUACAUCGUGACCAUUCUACACUGUAUAUUCAACUUGUCUCACAUGCUAUCUAUUGUCGACUAACUAUCAACCAUUCAAUGACUCUUACUUUUUGCUUCAUUUCAACCAAUCAUUUUGAGCCAAUUUGAGUAUAUAGUUCAAUUGUGUUUAAAUAUUUUUGUCGUCGAACACUGGAUAUUUGAUAUUGGUCACACUUGAUAGAUCGUUUGUUUACUGUUUGUUCUUCAAGGUGUCUACUCUUUCCUUCUCCGUGUAUCUUUGUGGACUGUAUGUAUCAUUUAUAUUUCAGGGUAACAUGUGUGACAUUUUCAUCAAUAAAGCACCAAUCUUUCUUAUGUAAAUCAUCAUCAUCAUCAUGAUGAUGAUGAUGAUGAUGAUUUUUUCGUAUAUGCAAUCACACUAUGAGCUGAUAUAUACACAUGUAUAUUUAUAAAUUCAAUAGCUAUGCGUGUAA